AUGGCAACUGAUUAUCGAUAUUCUUAAAUAGACAAUCCAACUGGGGCUGGAAAAGAAUAUGGUGAAUUAGACCUAGUGAAAAUAGCCAAACUAGACAAAUUGUUAUCAAAAAUUGAUAAUGAUUUUAAAAAGAAAUAAAAAGAGAUUACUAAACCUAAAUUAGUGGAGAUCAUGAAAACUACUCAUGAGAUCUAUUAGAUCGUUUUAUAUGAAAUAUCAGAGAUGCUUGAAAGUGCCAAGUUAUCUGAAUUAAGAUAAUCUCUCAAUAAAAUUUAUAAUGGUUAGAAUAUGAUUUUAAAUUAUAUCUUAAAACUGAAUACUAAUUUUGAAGUUCAAGCAGAUAAGAUGUUAGAGACUUUGUAAAAAAAUAUCGGUUAGCCGAGAAGAAAAUCAGUGGAUUAAUCUGCCUAAUAGAGUUAGGAAACAAAUAAGUUAGCAAAUUAAAUGGUGUAACUAUAGCCAAUAGUUAAAAAAACUGUGAGAAAGACUUAUGCUGAUAAGGGAACUGAUACAGGAGAUGAUAUAAAAGAUGCAAGAAAUUAGGCAAAUCUACUUAAAAAGGAAAUGGAACUGAAGGGAAUGUAAGAAGAAUUGGACUAAGACUCUUAACAAAUUACUGAGUUUUUGAAGAAUAGGAAAAUAGAUUUGUAAGCAGUAGGAGAAUCAAAGGCAGAAACAAAUUUGAAGGAAGUCUUAAAGGAUCUUGGCAAAAAGAAGCAUGAAGUAAAUGAUGCAGAAGAUGAAGCAGUUUAACAAUUUGAAGAAUUAUAAAAACAACAGUAAAAUUAAUUGAAAAGUUUGGAAGGGGCUUUUGUUGAAGGAAUCUAAGGAAUGUAGAAAUAGGCUCAAGAAAAGGCUUUAGCUGAUAUCAAAGCUGGUAAGGCAAUAAUGAAAAAUGGUGUGUUGGUUUAUAUGCAAGAAAUCUCUAUGCAGACAGAUAGAACAAAAAUGGAGUAAGAGUAUUAGGAUAAGCUUGACAAAUAAAGAAAAGAAAAUCACGAAGUUCAGUAGAAAAUGAUAUAAUUGGAGAAACGAAUAAAAGACACUCUUAUAGAGAGAGACGCCUAUGCUUAAUAAGUAGGAGUUCUUAAUGGUUAAGUAUAAAAAGUGACUUUAGAAAAAAAGAAAUUGGAGGAGAAGCAAUAAGAAGAAAAGAAAGCAAAAGAUAAACAACAAUAAGAAUAAUAAGCUGUGUUAAAUAAAAAUGAUUCUGAAAAAAUAAAAAGAUUGGUGGAGGAUAACAUAAAAAUGAAGCUUAGGAUUAAGAACUUAUUGGAUAAUAUUGCAGCAUUGGAAAAAGAAAUGAAUAGGAAUUUUGAAAGAUUCAAGCUGUUCAUAUCAAACAAUCCAAAUUUAAGUGAGGAAUAAAAGAAAGCUAUAUUGGGUUAAGCAGAGAAUUUGUUUAAAGUGAACUUGAAUGAAAAGUUAAAUGUUUAAGAGAUGAAAGAGUUAAUGGCGGUGGAUGACUUAUUAAGAGACCCAAUAUUUAAAUAAAUUUGUGGAUCUGACAUUGGAGCUAUAACAAGAGGAGUAAAAAAGGAUGAAAUGACAAGGAAAUAAAAAUUAGCUAAAGUACCAUUUUAUGAUGCUCUAUUUGAUCCAGAAUUUUUAAAUCCAGAUGAAAAGAUAGUUAUUAGAAAAGUUAAAAAGAUGGUAAAAAGAUAAAAGAGUGAUGGAGAAUGGGUUGAGGAAGAAAUGGAAGUGGAAGAAGAGGUUGUUGUAAAUGCAUAAGGAGAAGAGUUAAGAAAACGAGAUAAGCCAAACCAAAUUCAAUAAUCAAAACAAACUCAAGAUUUCUUAGAGGCGCAUGGUGGAUUCGCAAUUGGAGGAUCCAAAAUAAAUUUGCCUUCCAAACCAGUAGCUAAAGAUGGAAAGGAAAUAAAACAAGGAGAAUGGUUUGAAGAUAAAACAGGAAAAAAGGUAAGAAAGUUAUAAGGAAAUGAUGGUGAUGAGGAAAGAUUUGAAGUUGAAGAAGAAUAUGUUGAUGAGAACGGAUAAAAACAAAAAAGAAUUAAGUAAGUGCGAAUAAAAAAGGAUAAGAAUGGAGUUGAAUAUGUGGAAGAAGAGUAUGUUAUGCCAGAUGGCAAGAAGUUAAAGGUUGCAAAGAGAACUGUAAAGGAUAAAGAUGGAGUAGAUGUAGUAGAAGAAGUGACAGUGGAUGAAAAGGGUAACAAAAUUACCAAAAGAUAAAAAGCGUAUAAAGAUGCAGAUGGAAAUGAAAUUAUUGAGGAAGAGCUCAUUGAUGAAAAAGGAAACAAAACCAAAGUGAAAAGAAAAGUUUAUAUUGAUAGUGAUGGUAAUGAAGUUGUAGUUGAAGAAAGAAUAGAUGCAAAAGGAAAUAAGGUCAUUACUACAAAGAGAAAGAAUGAAUAUGGUUAGGAUAUAAUUGAACAAUAAAUAAUUGAUAAAAAUGGAAAGGUUGCUACAAAGGAAUAAAAAAUAUACUAGGAAAAUGGGAUUACUGUUGUGGAAGAAGUUGCUUUUGAUGCACAAGGAAACAAAAUAAUAAAGAAAACAAGAAUUAAGGAUGGGGUAGAAGAAGUUGAAAUUUAAAAUGCUGAUGGAUCUGUAACAAUUUAAAGAAAAGUUAAGAAUUAAGAUGGAACUGAAGCAAUUGAAGAAGAGAUUGUUGAUGUGAAUGGAAAUAUAACUGUUGUAAAGAAAAAGGUUUACAGAGAUGCAAAAGGCAACGUGGUCACUGAAGAAGAAAGAAUUGAUGCAAAAACAGGUUAAAAAGUAGUGAUAAAAACAGUUAAGGACUCUUUUGGAAGAGAAACAGUCUAAAAGUAAAUUUAAAACAAAGACGGAUCUAUUGUAAAUUAAGAAAAGAAUGUAUAAUAAGAUGCUGAAGGUAAUUUAAUUGAAAAUGAAGUUGUUUAUGAGAAUGGAUAAAAAUUAAAUGUACAGAGGAAGAUAUACAAAGAAGGAGGGGCAGAAGUUAAAGAGGAAGUCAUUGUAGAUGAAUAAGGAAAUAAGAAAGUUGUAAAAACAAAAGUGACAAAGGGUAAGGAUGGAGCUGAAAUUACAGAAACUGUCACUACUAAUGCUGAUGGUUCGAAAACAGUCGUCAAAUAAACAGUUGAUAAAGAUGGAAAUAUAAUAACAGAAAUAGAGACUGUGGAUGCAUAAGGAAAUAAAAUUAUAGUAAAGAAAAAGAAAAACAAGAAUGGAGAAGAAUUUAUUGAAGAAACUAAGGUUGGAGCUGAUGGAAAGAUAGAAAAAAGUGUCAAGAGGGUUAGAGCUGAUAAAAAUGGUAAUUUAAUUGUUGAAGAAACUACUAUUGCAGCUGAUGGAACAAGAACAACCAAAAUUGCUAAAUUAGGCACUGAUUAAAAAGCUACAUAAACAGAGGGUACAUAUAAUGAUGGUAAAAUGUCAAUGGAUUAAGUCCUAUAAUAUUUAUAUGAUUUAGGCUUAGAUAAAACUAAAAUUGAGUAAAUUAAAAAUUGGGUUUCAUUAAAGCAAUAAAUUAAAACUAAUAAAUAAUAGAAGCUUCAAUAAACUUAAUAGCAAUUCAUUUAAUAGUAAGAAGUUUAGGAAGAAAUUCCAAACUAAUAAUAAAGACCGGCCUCUGCUGAAUCAUAAAAAUCACUUGAUACUUUGGAUGAUGAGGAACCUGAACAAGAUCAAGCUGAUAAAUUAUAUAAUAAAAUGGUUAAUAAUAAAUCUGGAGGCAUGGGAGAACUAAUUAGAUAAGUAAGAAAUGCUUUAGGAAAACAAGGUAACGAAAACAUUUCGCAAGAGGAGUUUAGAGAUUAUAUGGUUAAAAUGAAAUAAGUACAUGCAAAAUGCGGAGAUAAUUGUCCACAUUUAAAACGAUUUUAUGAAAAACUUGGUUUUAUUCAAAAGAAAUACAAAAGAAGAUUUCUUAAGAUGAAAGACACUAGAAUUGAGGCAAAAACUAAACUUCCUCAUUUAUAAAAUUUCAGUUCAAUAAAGCAAUGA